GCAUGUAGGAUUGAAUUGCAAGUGUGUUUUACUUAGGAUGUUCCAACUGUGUGCAGUGUCACUGCUGACAUGAAGGCCUUGGAGCUUCAUGCCACUGCAGCGUGAACGAUCUUGCCUCUACCUGCAAAGUUCAAAAUAAAAACAGGAAGUAUGACUCAUGAUCUGUUCCCUGCUGCAGGUGUCUAAUCUCUGCACAAAAUGAGCCAGAACAACGUACAGUUUUAGUCACUUGCCAGGAGGUGGAACGCGUCUCUUUCCGUUCAUAAUAUUUCCGUUCCUCCGCCAGAUCGUCCUACUCACACAUGGGCCAUUGUCUUUCUGGUAUGAGCUCAGCAACACUUUCCCUGCAGACGCACACAUACAGACACAGAAGCUCUGUAUGUCAGUGCAUCACUCUUCGCUCUCUGAGACACAGAGUCCACAUUUAUAGCUUUAUCACAACGCUGAGCUUUGUCUGAGGGGGGGGGAAAAAACCCUCGACCCCUCGGCCUUUUCUUCACGACCCUGAGGGCCUGGGCUGCUCCUGCACCCGACUGCCUGUUUGCCUCACAUCAAACCCCCGUGGCUCCUCCGAGCGAAACAAAGCUUGAAAUUACCGCAGAAAACAACACAGCCAACGGGAUUCAGGCUCACAAUUUGAGCAGCUAUUAGUAUAUUUGUUUUUUCAGGAACAGAGUGACUGGUGAGAGGUAAUGGAAAGACAGAUGCGGUUGUGUUCAGGUGAUACUGGAAAAAGUCGGCUAAAGGCUGGGAAAAUCUUGAGACCGGAGCAGAAGUUCUCCAUUCAGGCAUGAACCCUCAACAAACACCCACAGCUAGUGUUUCGAUCAAAUCCUUUUCAUGUUUUACUAUAGUCCAGUCAAAACGAGAACCAGCUCCAUGAAGAAUUCAUCAUGAAGAAUGACAUUAUUUGUUCGCGGUCACUCUCCAUCCAGUCUGAGUUUGUGUUGCUUUGCAAAGACAAAUGAGCAAAAAUGUUCACUUUUCCAGAUGCACAAAAUGCUUGUGCAAACCAUAUUUGCUGUUAUUUGCAGGGGUUUUUUUGUUGUUGUUUCUUGUGAAGAGUCUGUUGUUGUUCUACAUGCACAAAUCUCACAUUUUUAACUGUGAUACAUUCAGGUGCAAAAUUCUUUUAAACAGAGUGUGCUACUUAAAAUGACGGUACAGUAUUACUUUAAUGUGGUAAAUUUGUCCUUACUGUAAAGUCUCUUUUCAUUAUUUUUACCUUGGUUUGAAUAUGCAUGCUUCAAAGUGCUGCUGAUAUAAAUGAGUUUCCCCACUUUGAGACUAAAGAUGUUUCUCUUCCUUUCUGUUGUAUUCGACACACGUAUCAGGAGUGAUGCAUUGCAUUUAUAGUUUUGUAUAUAACUUUUUUUGAAAAGAAAACUGAAUCCUUAUUUCUUUCCUUCCACAUUACAGUCUUCUCUGUUUUGGUCUAUCACAGAAAAUCCGAAUCAAGUACUUUGCUUGUUGGUGCAUGACAAAAUGUGAUUAAAGCUACAAGGGGAAAUUAAGACCAAUGAGCACAAAAGUUAGCAAUUUCCAUGACAGCUUUGAUUAGGAUAUUAUCGGGGAACUUCGGUACUCCUAAUUGUUUCAUGAAAACGUGUUUUUGCAAACCAUACACUACUGAUAUGAGAAAAUGUGGUAUAUAUAAAAGUGGGGAUCUUUUCACUUUCCUUCUGCCAGAGGUGUGUCCAGGUACCCAGAAUGGUCUGAGCUCCACCGGUUCUCAGGAGACUCAGUACAACCUGAUCAAGGAGCGCUACAGUGGCUGUGAGAUCAUCAUGGGGAACCUAGAGAUCACUCAGAUUGAGAGUAACUGGGACUUCUCCUUCCUCAAGACAAUCCGUGAGGUGACCGGUUAUGUCCUCAUUGCUAUGAAUCAUGUCCAGGAGAUUCCCUUGGGACAGCUGCGGGUGAUCAGAGGAAACAGUCUGUAUGAAAGACGCUUCGCUCUCUCGGUUUUUUUCAACUAUCCCAAAGAAGGCUCCAACGGUCUGCGACAGCUCGGACUCCUAAACCUGACAGAGAUCCUGGAGGGUGGAGUGCAGAUUAUUAACAACAAAUUCCUGAGUUAUGGCCCCUCGAUCUUCUGGCAAGAUAUUGUUCGAGACAGCAGCGCUCCGAUUGACAUCCAAAAUAAUGGGGAGAGAGGCCCGUGUCACAAAUCUUGCGGCCAUUACUGCUGGGGACCAAAUGAGGACCAGUGUCAGAUCUUGACUAAGAUGGUGUGUGCUCCCCAGUGCAACGGACGCUGCUUUGGCAGAAGCCCCAGGGACUGCUGCCACAUCGAGUGCGCAGCGGGCUGCAAAGGCCCUCUGGACGAGGACUGUUUUGCAUGCCGUCAUUUCAAUGAUUCAGGAGCCUGCGUGCCUCAGUGCCCCCAGACCCUCAUUUACAACAAACAGACAUUUCAAAUGGAGACCAAUCCAAAUGCAAAGUACCAAUAUGGAUCAAUCUGUGUGUCUCAGUGUCCUACUCAUUUCGUGGUGGACGGCAGCUCCUGCGUGAGCGUCUGUCCUCCAGACAAGACAGAGAUGGAGAGAGACGGCCAGAGGCAGUGUGAGCUCUGCAGUGGAUUCUGCCCGAAAGUGUGUAACGGCACCGGCGCAGAGCACAGGCAGACGGUGGAUUCUAGCAACAUUGACAGCUUCGUCAAUUGCACCAAGAUCCAGGGCAGCCUUCACUUCCUGGUCACAGGGAUUCUUGGAGAUGAUUUUAAAAACAUUCCACCACUCGAUGCCAAAAAGUUGGAAGUGUUCCGCACCGUGCGGGAAAUAACAGAUAUUCUUAACAUCCAGUCGUGGCCUAAAGAGCUGAGCAACCUCUCGGUUUUUUCAAGCCUCACAACGAUUCAGGGGAGAUCGCUCUACAAGCGAUUCUCUCUGAUGGUGAUGCGUAUCCCCACUCUUACCUCCCUCGGGCUGCGCUCUCUGCGGUAUAUCAACGACGGCAGCGUGUACAUCAGUCAGAAUACCAAUCUUUGUUUUCACCACACUGUGAACUGGACGCAGCUGUUCAGGGGCCGCAGAGUUCGGGUCAACAACCUCAACAACAACAAGCCGUUUGCGGAGUGUGUUGCAGAAGGACAUGUGUGCGAUCCUCUGUGUUCAGACUCAGGCUGCUGGGGCCCCGGCCCUGACCAGUGUCUCACCUGUAGGAACUACAGCCGCCACGGCACAUGUGUGGGAAGCUGCAACUUUUUGUCUGGAGACAAGAGGGAGUUUGCAAAAUCUGACAACGAAUGUGCCGCCUGUCAUCCGGAGUGCAAGCCUCAGAAGGGACAAGUCAGCUGCACAGGAACGGGGGCAGAUGAGUGCGUGGCUUGCUCCAAUCUUCAAGAUGGUCCAUAUUGCAUGUCCUCUUGUCCCUCUGGAGUAUUUGAUGAACACAGAGGACUAAUUUUCAAGUACCCCAACAAAGAGGGCCACUGUGAACCAUGUCAUCCCAACUGCACACAGGGGUGCGUCGGCCCAGGUUUAAAGGAUUGUAAGAUGUCAGGCGGCAGCGGACAGAUCACAGCCAUAGCAUUGGCAGUCCCAGCUUGUUUGAUUUUCUGCCUCGGGUUGUUCUUCCUGGGGUUGUUGUACCACAGAGGCCUUGUCAUCCGUCGCAAGAGAGCCAUGAGAAGAUACCUGGAGAGUGGAGAGAGCUUUGAGCCCCUGGGUCAAGGAGAGAAAGGCACAAAGGUUUUUGCUCGGAUCUUGAGGCCGUCAGAGCUGAAAAAAAUCAAACUCCUUGGCUAUGGUGUUUUUGGAACGGUACACAAGGGCUUUUGGACCCCAGAGGGAGAGACGGUCAAGAUCCCUGUGGCAAUAAAGACGAUCCGGUACAGCUCAGGUCGACAAACCUUCACUGAGAUCACUGAUCACAUGUUGGCCAUGGGCAGCCUGGAUUACCCUUACAUUGUUAGGCUGCUGGGAAUUUGUCCUGGUCCCAGUCUCCAGCUGGUGACCCAGCUCAGUCCCCGUGGCUCCUUACUGGAGCACAUCAGACAGCAUAAGAACAGCCUGGACCCCCAACGCCUGCUCAACUGGUGUGUGCAGAUCGCGAAGGGUAUGUUCUACCUGGAGGAACACCGUAUGGUCCACAGAAAUCUGGCUGCUCGCAACGUCCUGCUGAAGAACGACUACCAGGUCCAGAUCUCGGACUACGGCGUGGCAGACCUCCUUUAUCCAGAUGACAAGAAAUACGUCUACACAGAUGCAAAGACGCCUAUAAAGUGGAUGGCGCUUGAGAGCAUCUUGUUUCGAAGAUACAGUCACCAAAGCGAUGUUUGGAGUUACGGAGUGACGGUGUGGGAGAUGAUGUCCUUUGGGGCGGAGCCGUACGUGUCAGUGCAGCCUCAGGAAGUGCCGAGCCUUUUGGAGAAGGGCGAGCGUCUGUCACAGCCCCACAUCUGCACCAUCGAUGUCUACAUGGUCAUGGUUAAAUGCUGGAUGAUUGACGAGAACGUGAGGCCAACUUUCAAAGAGCUAGCAAGUGAUUUUACACGGAUGGCAAGAGAUCCACAAAGAUACCUUGUCAUCAAGGAAGGGGAAGAUGGCCCCCCUGGAGAAAUCCAACGAAGGGAGUCAGAGCGAGGACUUCUGGAUACAGAUUUUGAAGACGCGGAUGAGGAGGGGCUGGACAAUGGCUUGACCACGCCUCCUCUCCAGCACUCUCCAUCGUGGAGUCUUUCUCGUUCGAGGAUGAAUUCCUGCAGGAGUGGUGUAUCUCAGUCUGGCCUGACCGGAUACCUACCAAUGACUCCAAGUCCAGCAGACAACAUCCGUCAGCUGUGGUUUCACCGGUCUCGCCUGAGCUCUGUGCGGACAUUGCCUGAGAGGUCGGAGGUCAGAGGAAAUGGCAGGGAAGCCGAGGGGUUAAGGGCCGGAAGCCUUCGCCGAGCCAGGCUCGGCUCAGAGAGGAGCAGCCCUCGUGUCGCUUUAAGUCGUCACAGGAAGCUUUCCACGGCCUCCAGUCCGUCCUCCUACAAGGUGUGGACGGCACAGGAGGACGAGGAGGAGCUGGACCACUAUGGCUACGUUCUGCCUGGGUCACCUGAAACCCCAGAAAGAAGUACAAAAAGUAAUCAGGUACCGGAGGCUUGCAAAGGAGCAGCAGCAAAGCAAAGAAUGGAGAAAGAUCGACACCACUGCAGGAGAGAGAUCAAAUCUGUGGAUCAUAAAUCAGAGGUGGGCCGAGGGAUUUGUAGGUAUGAAUACAUGGACAUCAGGCACUCAGACUCUUCAGAAGGAGGUGAGUCAGAAUUGGAGAGAUAUGGGAGUCAAACAUCUUCAACAACCGGAGCGGAGACAGAACAAACAGCAGGUGGCUUGGUCAAAGAGAGAAACGGGAAAGAAGAAACUGAAAUUUGCCACACAGAUAAACAAGCCGUAGUAACAGAGGAUCCCAGCGGCGGUGUUGUGCCCGGGGCAGAUGUUUUGGCAGCUGGAGCCGGUACGGUGGAGGAGUACGAGGAGAUGAGCAGAUUUGAAAAGGCGCCUGGUGAGCCAGGGCACGCGGAAUAUGAGAACCUCCCAGCGAAGCCGAGGGCCCGUCCCGAGGAGACAGACGGUGACAGGUGUGCAGGGAUCGGGGAAUACAUCAAGGUGUGUGCUGGCAUCAGGGAACCUGGCAGCAACACGUCGUUCGACAACCCAGACUACUGGCACAGCAGGCUGUUCCUCAAACCAGAUGCUGUACGCACAUAAUCAGUCGGACUGGGACAGCAAAAGAGGAACGGAUGCAUGUUUUCUAGUUUUCUGUGAUUUUUUCCCCCCUGCUUUUUUUGGUUUUAUUUGAAAACAAAAUAAAAAAAAGUAUAUAUUUUUUUUACUUCACUGGUGUUUACUGUAAGCGAUAAUUUAUGUAACCAAAUACGAGUCAAGUACAGAGCCAUAGAUUACAAGUGUUUACAAGUUUAUCAUCUUCAGAUAGGAUGUUUUGUUUUUUACUUCACUUUUUUCCAUUGGCUAAUUAUUAUUAUAUCAUAUAAUUGAUUAUUAAACCUCCUUUGUACUUUAUAUUUACAUGUAAGUGAAUGUUCUUUUUUAAAUGUGGUUUACUGGUUUUGUGAAUAUUUAAUCAUUAUAUCACUGGCGUGUGUGUGUGCUGUACACGUUUUCACUAUCACCACAGUAGUUGAAUAAAUAAAUAAAAGUAUUACUUUUUAAUGA